AUGGCCGAUGUCCUUUUGCUAUUCCAUCCCACUGCAGUGACGGAUGAGGCCUUUGUUGAGUCCAAGAAGGCUGAAGUUGCCGACUCGUACCCAUUGGCUAACAUCUCGCAACAUAUCAUCGACAGAGUCGCCAAUAACUCUGUUGAGUUGGCUGGUAACGCUUUUGACCACUUGGUUUACGUUAACCCCAACGAGAACCAUUUGGCUAUCCCUUCUGUUGUGAUAACUAAGUUGUUUAACGCGUUGAAGAGCAAUGGAACUCUUCUGGGUAACUUACCCACCGACCAGGACUUAGAUGCGCUUAUGAGCGGGUUCAUUGUGAACUCUCCAGGUAAGUGGACUAAACCAGCACCGGCGCCAGCUUCUACCGUUUUACUUAAGAAGAAAUCUGUCACUUCUGGUACAAAGAUACUUCCAUCAUUCAAGAAGGCUACAGUUUCUUCCCCAGUGGCCAUGACAGAUACCUCGGCCAACAAUACAGAUGUAGAUGAAGAAGUUUCUAUGAAGAGAAAGCUUGACAACACCAAGUUGGCUUAUUUCAGUGACGAGGAGAGCGAAGAUGAUGAUGAUCUCAUCAGCGAGAAUGAUUUGAUCACUGAGUCACAAAACUUAGGGCUUGACGUAGUUGUGCCUAAGAAAUGUGAAUUGCCAAAUGGAAAGAAGAGAAGAAAGGCAUGUAAAGAUUGCACCUGUGGACUCAAGGAGUUGGAAGAACAGGAAGAUUUGAACACUAGAAAUUUGCAAGACACCAUCUUGGGUAAAAUGGCACAACUGGCCACAUUGGAAGCUAUUAAGAUUGAGGAGAGAUUGAAGAAAUCUCAAAUUAAGUUCACCGAAGAAGAUUUGACCGAAAUCGACUUCACAGUGGAAGGCAAGACAGGAGGAUGUGGAUCUUGUGCUUUGGGUGAUGCGUUCAGAUGCGACGGAUGUCCUUACCUUGGGCUCCCACCCUUCAAGCCAGGCGAAGUGGUUACACUUGACAGCUUUGGAGAGGACAUCUAA